AUGGACGUGCACCUGUUCGACUAUGCGGAGCCCGGGAAUUUCUCUGACAUCACCUGGCCCUGCAACAGCAGUGACUGCAUCGGCGUGGACACGGUGCUGUGUCCACACAUGUCCAACAAGAGCGCACUGCUCUACACGCUUGCCUUCAUCUACAUCUUUAUCUUCGUCGUCGGCACGGUGGCCAACUCCGUGGUGGUCUGGGUGAACGUGCAGGCCAGGACCACGGGCUACGACACGCACUGCUACGUCCUCAACCUGGCCAUCGCCGACCUCUGCGUGGUCCUGACCAUCCCCGUGUGGGUGGUCAGCCUGGUGCAGCACAACCAGUGGCCGAUGGGCGAGCUCACCUGCAAGGUCACGCACCUCAUCUUCUCCAUCAACCUCUUCGGCAGCAUCUUCUUCCUCGCCGGCAUGAGCGUGGACCGCUUCCUGUCCCUCACCUACUUGCGCAACGCCUCCGCGUGCAGGAAGAGGGCGGCCCGCCGAGCCGUCUGCGUCCUGGUGUGGCUGCUGGCCUUCUGCGUGUCCCUGCCCGACACCUACUACCUGAAGACCGUCACGUCGGCCGCCACCAACGAGACCUACUGCCGGUCCUUCUACCCCGAGCACAGCGUCAAGGAGUGGCUCAUCGGCAUGGAGCUGCUGUCCGUCCUCCUGGGCUUCGCGAUCCCGUUCUCCGUCAUCGCCGUCUUCUACUUCCUGCUGGCCAGGGCCAUCUCGGCGUCCGGCGACCAGGAGAAGCACAGCAGCCGCAAGAUCAUCUUCGCCUACGUGGUGGUCUUCCUCGUGUGCUGGCUGCCGUACCACGCCGUGGUGCUGCUGGACAUCUUCUCCAUCCUGCACUACCUGCCCUUCACCUGCCAGCUGGACGGCUUCCUCUUCACCGCCCUGCACGUCACGCAGUGUCUGUCCCUGGUGCACUGCUGCGUCAACCCCGUCCUCUACAGCUUCAUCAACCGCAACUACAGGUACGAACUCAUGAAGGCCUUCAUCUUCAAGUACUCGGCCAAAACCGGCCUCACCAAGCUCAUCGACGCCUCCAGAGCAUCCGACACCGAGUACUCGGCUCUGGAGCAAAACACCAAGUGA